AACUAUAAUGUGAAGGCUGCUUGUACAGGUGGGUUUGCGCCGAACAGAAGAUUAAAAAAAUCGGUGGAGACGAGCGGAGGUCGGAGGAGGCCAUGAUGCCGCCGGCGCUGCUAAGCUUACCGCGCUCCUCGUCGCCGUCGGUAUCCCCUUCUCCUCUCUGCCCGGGCCGCCGAUCCGCCGCCGUCCAGCGCCACCGCCCGUCGAUCCCCUCCAAACCCGCCGCAGGAAUAUGCUAUGCUAGUCAAGCGGUUGAAUUGUUGCCAUCUUUGUACCCGGGGACGGGCGUCGUCGUCCGAGACGCAAAGCUGGAGGACUGUUGGGAAGUAGCAGACACUCACUGCAGCUCCUUCUUCCCUGGUUACAAAUUCCCGUUAGACCUUGUUCUACGGCUUGAUCGUUACAUCGCUCUCCUAUCCGGCUUUUCAGUUCCGCCAGGCUGCACGAGAAGUUGCCUUGUUGCAGUUAACCCCACUGCAGCUAACAGUGCUAUCAGUAUCGAAUGUGGAGAUUUAAGAGACGCCGAAUUUCAUGGGAAAUACGGUCUCAGUAAAGGCUCUGUAGCUGGCAUUCUUACGGUCGACACAGUGGCAGACUUCCUUCCAAGAAGGGGACGUCUCAAGCAGAGAAGAACAGGAAUUGCAUACAUAGCAAACGUCGCGGUUCGAAAGGAGGAACGUCGGAAAGGGAUUGCCAAAAUGCUCGUCGCGGAAGCCGAGGAGCGAGCAAGGAGCUGGGGAUGCCGGUCAGUGGCCUUGCACUGCGAUGUAAGUAACCUCGCCGCACUGCGGCUGUACAAAAGCCAAGGUUACAAAAGCAUCCGUGUACCAGAAGACGCCAAGUGGCCAGCACCCAAGAUAGAUCAAACAGUGCGAUACGAGUUCAUGAUGAAGCUAGUGCCCAAGAGCUAAGCUGUAUAGUUUCAGAGUCAUCAGAUCACACAAAUUGUGAUUACGUAGAUACCACACAGAUGAUAAAUAGAUACCGCAGCAGUACAGAGACACCCUGGUCACGGCCACGGCCCUUCUGGUGUAUAGCAGCUGUUGUAUAGUGGAGGGUACAUUGUAUAUCAUAAUAACAGCUACAGUGUAUUUGUUUCGAAAUGGCAGUAAGGAUGUCCACUUGCCCAGGCAUUGUUUGCUUCA